AUGGUUUCCACUCCGGAGCUUAAAAAGUAUAUGGAAAGAAAGGUGCUAAUUCAGCUAAAUGGUUCUCGCAGUGUGGUAGGGGUAUUAAGGGGAUAUGAUUUAUUUUUAAAUGUGGUUUUAGAAGACGCAAUCGAAAUGGGUAAAAAGGGCGUCAAGUUUCCUCUUGGGAGUGGCCAGACAGUUAUACGAGGGAAUUCAAUCCUGUCUCUAGAGCCUCUAGAAAGUCUAUCUUAA